AUGAAGCAAAUGAAACUUCUGCUGCUAAUCAUGGGCCUGGCCCUGAUCAGAGGCAUCAAGGUCCACAGUGGCCGCUGUAAGGAGCACCGACAAAAUAUUUCAGGAUCCUGGCGCACUAUUGCAGUGGCUUCAAAUGACACAUCAAAGAUCCAGGAGGGAGGUCCAUUCAGAAUCUCUGUCCACAAAAUCGUAGCAAGUGGUAACAAGCUAUAUCUAGAAUUUAUGGGAAGGAAAAAUGGUAAAUGUUCUGAGAUUGUCCUGAAAAGUUACAAGACAGACAAAGAGAAUCAAUAUGUAUCAGAAUACUCGGGAGUAAACAUUUUCUACUUUACACACAUAAAGCAAGAUGAAUAUAUCGUGUUGACCUCAUACAACUACAACGAGAAUGGUGUAACCUUAGUGUUACACCUCUUUGCCCGCCGCCCAGUCUUAAGAGAAGAAAUCAAGGAGAAAUUUGAGGAAUUUUGUUUAAACAACAAAAUUAAUGAGAUUUUAUAUUUGACCAGAGAUGAUCAAUGUGAGAAACUCACCAGUAAAUAA